GCCACAAUUUCGUCUCUCACUGGUCGCUCCACCUUCCUUACCCAUCAUCACUCACGCAGAGAGCUGAGUUUCCACCAUCACAAGAUGGGAACCCUUGGAAAAGCAAUAUACACCGUUGGAUUCUGGAUUCGAGAGACUGGCCAGGCCAUUGAUCGUCUCGGCUCCCGCCUCCAGGGCAACUACUACUUCCAAGAGCAACUGUCUCGGCAUCGAACUCUUAUGAACAUAUUCGACAAAGCUCCUGCAGUUGAUAAGGAUGCCUUUGUUGCCCCAAGUGCCUCUAUCAUUGGGGAUGUUCAAGUUGGAAGAGGAUCAUCUAUUUGGUAUGGAUGUGUCCUGAGAGGUGAUAUCAACAACAUCAGUGUUGGUUCUGGAACUAACAUACAAGAUAACUCCCUUGUGCAUGUGGCAAAGUCUAACCUAAGUGGAAAGGUCUUACCUACUAUUAUUGGGGAUAAUGUUACUGUAGGUCAUAGUGCUGUUAUCCAUGGCUGUACUGUUGAAGAUGAGGCCUUUGUUGGUAUGGGAGCAACACUCCUUGAUGGUGUUGUUGUUGAGAAACAUGGUAUGGUUGCUGCUGGAGCCCUUGUGAGACAGAAUACAAGGAUCCCAGCUGGUGAGGUAUGGGGAGGAAACCCAGCACGAUUCCUGAGAAAGCUCACUGAUGAAGAGAUAGCCUUUAUAUCCCAGUCAGCCACCAACUAUACAAACCUGGCACAGGUUCAUGCAGCCGAGAAUGCGAAACCAUUUGAUGAAAUCGAGUUUGAGAAGCUUCUCCGCAAGAAGUUUGCUCGUCGGGAUGAGGAGUAUGACUCGAUGCUGGGUGUCGUUCGUGAAACUCCCCCUGAACUUAUUCUUCCAGAUAACAUUCUACCAGAUAAAGCAACAAAGGAUUCUCAAAAAUGAGGAUUUUUAGGAAAUUUUAUUUUUUCAGUUCAGAUCUUGAUAUUGGACCAAGGAAUAUUUGUUGUUAUGAGCAAAAACAUGGAAAAGGGAUUCUUUUCUUCAAAAUAAUACCAGACGUGUUAGGGAAGAAUUAUUGUUUCUUUCUA